AAUGUAUAGGAAUGGGAGUUUGGAAGGACGAACAGGGGCACUCUUGUAAUUUUGAUGUUUCAUUCGGGGCAAAGUUGGAACUAAAAUCAGUACUACGUAUAUGCAAUUCUACUCUUCAUUCAUAGAACAUUCUAGAAUAAGACUCGAUCCAGAUGUCUCUCUCGCUUCUCGCUUCUCGCUUCUCGCUUCUCGCUUCUGUGCUUCCGGCCUCCCUUACUGCUCAAUUUCUCUGCUUUUCUUCGAGUCUGGCUUAGGUGUUUUUGUAUUUCUAAAUUAUGGUCCUACAACAGAUUCACCUGCCAUAAGAAAUCCAAAAGCGGGUUUACCAAAACAUUCAACUCCAUCGGUCAAUAACUCAAAAGAAACAUGGGAAAAUUUCCUUUGGUUGCUCAGCUUUUGUACGACUUACCGUGGUUUGGAUUGAUGCGAUGUGUUUCUAAGAACUUUGCUUCGAUGAAGACGCUAAGGAAAAAGAAGAAGGCACUUCAGCACUUUAACGCCUCUGUUAUAAUUGUUAAAGUGGUCCUAAGGAGAAUGUAUUAUUAUUCUAUCUGCGCAUAUAGAAAAAUGAUGCAAGAAAAGCCAUAUUCCCUCCGUGUCUGUAUUUUGUUAUUCACCUACUGUUAGAAGCAUUUAGGCUUCAGAUAAACAUUAUAUUUCACGUCCAUUCCGCGUAUCUUUUUUUGGAUUUGGUGUCUACGUUUUGGUGUUUGAGCUUUUGUGGAUUUGAUCUGUUGUUUUAGGUGGUACAAGAUUGUUGGAAAUUUGGGUAUUACUUCAAAUUCUUAGAGAUUGAGAAAGACUUCACAGGCUUCCAAAUUGUAUAUCUUAUGAAAGUUUUUGGUCACCUCAAAGUUCUAGAUUUAUUGGAAGAAUAAAGUAAUUUUUAUCUUGAGGGAAUGUCAUGUUCUGCUAAAAUUUUGUCAAACCUUAAUGUAAAAGGAACAUCUUAUGGCGCAAAAAUUGUCUUGCCUAUACUCAAACAAAACAACUAUUGCUUUCCAUUUAAUAUCUGGGUUUAUAGAACUUUAGUUUUAGUAAUUGUAGUCUGCCUCUGCAUAUGGCUAUCUCUAUAGAUUAAAUUGUGAUAUUCUCACCAUAAGUUAACUAGCAUUGAUUUUUAAAUACUUGUUAGUUGGUUAUAUGUCUGAUCUGCUAUUUAGUACAAAUGAGUUGCGUUGAAUCUGUUCAUUCUAAAAAGUUUAUAUCCUGAUGUCAAUUUUUCUAUGAGGCUCGAAAGUAUCUAUAGCUAUUGUCCAUAUUGUUUCAAAGCAAGUAUUCAAAGGUCUCUUAGUUAUUCCUUUAAUUAUUGUAUUAACAGAUAAAGCUAGGCUCAUAUUCAGGUAUAAUUUUAUGAAUACUGCUAAAUCUGAAAGAAAGAUGAAUACUGCUAACAAAGUCUUUUGCCUGCACAGUCUAUGAGAGCUAUACAUUCUCUUUGCUGGGAGUUCCACUCUUUUGCUCAAGGAUACUGAUUUGUUGACAAUAUUAGCACCAUUUAUGAUUAUUGGAGUUAUGAAACCUUCGAGCAACUAUUUAAUAUGGAUUGUAUCCUGGAAUAUGCUAUUUUAGCAAAAUAUAGCGUCAUUAUUUUGUAUUUGCACUCUAGAAGUAUAGAAUCAAUACAAGAUGCCCAAAAGCCUAUCAUUUCGCAAUUAAAGGGAACUGAUUAUAUUCCUAAUAAUGAUGACAUUGUAGUUUAUCAGAAAGAAAUAAAGAUAUGGCAAUGCAAAAGUGAAAGAAUUCUAUGCAUUUUAUAGUAGUUAUAGUUGUUACCAUUACUAUUUAGCGCUUAAUUUAACUUCCUUCUUGCGGAUGAAAUAAGUCAAUAACCAAAGGGACUUUGUUUUUCUUU